AUGGGGCAUCUGAAUUUUCUUGAUACUACUCCUUCAUUACCAUUCUUGUUCUUAUUCAUAACUAUUUUGGUCGCCAGCCAAAUUCCAUUUGGCUGCACUAGACAAGCCCAUUCUUCAAAUUACACUUGCAUUGAAAGUGAACGACAAGCUCUUCUUCGAUUCAAAAAUAGCUUGGCAGAUGAAUCUAAUCGUCUAUCUUCGUGGAUUGGAAAAGACUGUUGUUCUUGGGAUGGAAUUAGUUGCCACAAAACAACUGGCCAUGCAGUGACACUUGAUCUACGCAAUUUGGAGCAACCUGAAAUGGAUGAAGCUUUCAAUACUUCAUAUCAUUGCAGAUCUUGCCUAGUAGGUGACCAGUUAAGUCCAUCUUUGGUCAAUCUGACCAAUCUACGAUACUUGGACUUGAGCGUGAAUAAUUUUUCAGGACUUCAAAUUCCCACAUUUCUUGGAUUGCUCAAAGACUUGAGAUACCUCAAUCUCUCGUCUGCAGGGUUUGUUGGUGAAGUACCCCAUCAUUUAGGAAAUCUCUCGCAUUUACAGUACUUAGAUAUUGGUUUUGCAAGUCCAAAUAGCAUCCCAAUAGAUAAUAACUUGACAAGUAAUGAUGUGGGAUGGGUCGCUAAACUCUCUUCUCUUGAGUACCUGUCCCUAAGCGGAGUAGGCCUUUCAAAUGCUCGAGAUGGUUCCUAG